AACGCGCGAUGUCGCUGCAGACCACGAAUUUGAAGCACUUCUUUUAUUAAAAUGAGGCUCCUCCUUACCACGGAAGAGCAACCAGUAUAUACUGUAGUCAUGUGUAAAUGUUAAGGUAUAAUAAAGGUUUCAGAGGCUAAGGUCCUGGCAGCAGUGAGACAAAAAAUUGCGUUUUAUAAACGGAUUAAUCUUUGAGGCUUUGAAGAAACAAUUAUGGAAAGCUUAAGAUAUUUGUGCGUCAUAACAGCUCUGCAUUGUUGUUUAUGGCGAUCUUCAUGCGGCAAGAUUAUCUAUUCGGUCUCGGAGGAAGUAAAUAAGGGAACUGUUGUCGGAAAUAUAGCAAAGGAUCUCAAGAUCAGUGUUCAGGAGCUGGAAUCUCGUAUCUUGCAGCUUGUGGCUGGAUCCAACAGGAAAUAUUUUGAUGUGAAUUUGAAAACGGGAGCGUUGUUUGUGAAUGAAAGAAUUGACCGGGAGGAGUUAUGCUUCGCUCAUCAACAAUGUGCUCUUAAUUUGGAGGCUGUUAUUCAAAAUCCUCAUAGCCUUUAUAGAAUUGAAAUUAAUGUUCUGGAUGUUAAUGAUAAUGCUCCAUAUUUUGUGGACAACGUUAUAACGAUAAACAUUACCGAGGAUGUUGUUCCGGGAGCUAGAUUUCAUAUUCCUGUAGCUGAAGAUAACGACAUUGGCAUUAAUACACUAAAAGACUACAAACUAAGCAAGAAUGAACACUUUUCUAUUGACGUACAAACUGAAGAGCAGAGUGUGUCUGCUGAAUUAGUGCUCCAAAAACCUUUAGAUCGUGAAAAACAAUCAGUAAUUCCUCUUGUACUGACAGCUGUUGAUGGAGGAAAGCCAGCAAAGACAGGAACAUUAAGUGUAAUAGUGAAUGUACUGGAUAUAAAUGACAACUGGCCUGUCUUCAGCAAACCUUUGUACAAGAUCAAGGUGAGAGAAAAUGUUUCUGUUGGUACCAAAAUCAUCUCUUUGACUGCUACUGAUUUGGAUGAGGGCACCAACAGUGACAUUAUUUACUCCAUAGCUGAACAUGGAAACAUAAAAAAGCAAAAUCUAUUCACUGUGGUUCCUGAAACCGGGGAUAUUGUUGUGAAGGGUCAAAUAGACCAUGAUAUAAAUGCUGCAAUUGAAUUACGAGUUCAGGCGAGAGAUAAAGGCAGUCCACCAAAGAGCACACAAUGUAAAAUUUUAAUAGAAGUUAUGGAUGAAAAUGAUAAUGCACCAGAGAUUAUUGUGACUCCUCUGGUAGAAAGUGUGAAAGAAGACACAAAGUCAGGAACUGCAGUUGCUUUAGUCACAGUGUCUGAUAAAGAUGGAGGUAAAAAUGGCAUUGUACACUGUGCAGUGAAAGGUUUGUUUCCUUUCAAACUGGACACGUCAUAUAACAAUCAUUAUUCUCUAGUUGUAAAUGGACCUCUGGACAGAGAGAGUGUUUCUCUGUAUAACAUCACAAUUACAGCUGCAGAUGAAGGAACUCCGCCUCUUUCCAGCAGCACUGUUAUAACUGUACAUAUCUCUGAUGUUAAUGACAAUGCUCCACAUUUCCCAGCUCCCGUUAUUAACGCUUUUCUAAGUGAGAAUGGUCAAGCUGCAGGUCUGGUGACAAGAGUGUCAGCUGAUGAUUCAGACACUCAUGAGAACGCAGAACUUUCAUAUUCACUGUUAGACAGUUCCAGCUCCAGUGUUCCUAUAACAACACUGAUAAAUAUAAACUCUUUGAGUGGAGAAAUAUUCAGUUUGCAAUCAUUUAAUCAUGAAGAAAUGAAAAGAUUUCAAUUUCAGGUUAUGGCAAUAGACUCCGGUGUUCCUCCUCUGAGAAGUAAUGUGACUGUAAAUGUGUUUAUUCUGGAUGAGAAUGACAACAGUCCAUUAAAUGCUACAGGACAGACGGCAGUUUCAGCAGGUACAGCGCUCCAGUGA